GACAACAGUAGCCGAAGGAAGUCAAGACAAGACUAGCUUACUGCCUUGAGCGCAGCGAGAGGCAACUGAAAAGCAUACGCAGAAAUGGUUCGCGAAUUUUUCGACAAACUACUUCUUUCAUGUUUCCGACCUGUCCGUGUGUUUGAGCAGGCUUUAAUACAGCGGGCCUGAGUUCUGUUUGCUGGCAGCAGCAUCAUGGCAGUCUCCAGCGAGUGGAACACCAUCCCAGCGUAUGCAGCCCAUCUCUCCCCACUCCACCCGAAGCUGCCUGGACGUGAAGACCUCGUCAAAGAGCUGCGGUCACUUCGCUCCCCAUUCACUUGCACCCGCAUACGGCUGCCCCUGCAUUGCAAUGUGUGCAAAGCUGUGCCGGCCUCAACUUGUCCCGUCGUGUCGGAGCUGAUGCCCAUGAUUAAUGAAUGGCUCUGGUCCCUGGCCGUCGAGAUCCAUGAAGUUGAGCCGGGCCGCCUUGCGCUCACUGCGCUUGAGAAUGACAACAUGUCCAGAGGUGCCAGCUGGACUGCCAACCAUGCUGCCAUCUUGCUGCACUGUCUCCUCACCAGGCACCGAUGCCUUCAGGUUAUCGAGGGGCUGCAGUCCAUUCUACCCUGCUACCGCAAGCUGUUCUGCGAUGCCCUGAGGAACAACACAUCACUGACUGUGCUGCGGCUAAGCAAGUGCGAGCUGACGGGACCUGUGGUGCGAAGCGUCAUUGCUGCCAUAGGUGGUGCCGAGUGCCUAGAGGAGCUCUCCUGGGACUGGUGCAAGUUUACCACUGGCAAUGUCCGUGCAGCCGAGGACGCCCUUUCCGCCUACAUCACCAAGACAAAAUCGCUGCGCACCCUCAAUGUGGCGCACGUACCGCUGUUUCGAGAGUCAUCUGCACUCAUCGAGGCCCUAGUGAAGAACACGAGCAUCGUUAAGCUCAUCGUUGGCUGCUCGGUCUUAAAUCAGAGUCAACGUACUGAAUUUCGCCGCUAUCUUGCAGCCAACAGGACAGUGACAAAUUUAAUCAUCUGCAGUGACCACUUCAGGAGUGCUCCAGAUGUGGGGGAAGUCUUCAAGGCACUCACUGAGAACUCUACUUUGGAGGUGCUCACGCUCGAAAACUUUGAGCUGGACCCAAUUGUUGCCCUGCAGUUUGCCAGGGUGUUCAGCUUUAACACCACUCUGCGCGAGGUUGGCUUUCCCCACUGCACUUGGGACUACCAGUUCAUGCGUGCGACAGAAGACAUCCGGAGGCAGCGCAUGUUGUAUGCCCUCGUGGGCAGGCUGGGCAGAGACUGGCGGGUUGUGCCUCUAGUGAAGGCACUGCAGAAGACGUCGUCAUUGCAAAAGCUUGUGCUCGCUGGGUGCUUCACCAAUGACGAGACCCGGCAGCUUCUGGAUGCUGCUGCCAAAUCUUCUUCUCUGCAACAACUCACCUUCGACUCGGUCAUGAUGCUGUCCGUAGAGACGUUCCACCAAAUGGUGCAGGAGACAGGUGCUUCUGGGAAGGUCAGACUAGGCACGUGUCAUUCGCUGCCUGCGGCAUUUGUGGCAGGGCUGAAAUCCGGCAGUGAUAUUCUGAGCAUGGGCCACCACAAGUUCUUUCAUCUGAACACGCCAGCAUUCCGCGAGAUCGGAGCUGCCCUGGUGCUGCAUGACCGUGUCACCGCGCUGGAGUUACGGCUCGACACUUGGGACGACGACUUUGUUGAGAAAGAUGCAUCCACUAUUGCCGCCUAUCUGUCGAAGACUACCGCCCUGAAGGAAAUCUACAUGAAGUUCAGUAACUUCAACCAGGAUGCUCACCUCAUCAUCGAGGGCCUCUCCAAGAACAAGACGAUAGAAAAGCUUGGAAUUGAGGACUGGCUUGUGCGCAGGAAGGACAUUAAGAAACUGUGCACCUGGCUGGUGGACAGCAGGACAGUGUACCACCUUGUUUACCUCUGUGCCCAGUAUGAAGCAUGUAAGGUGCUCAUUGAAGACCUGGCUGACCUGCUUGAGGACAGCUACACUCUCACGUACAUCCGUGUAGUGGAGUAUCCCUCCAACUUUCACAAUUGGCAGGCUGUGAAACACUUCAGGCGGCGGAACUUGUCACUUGUUGAGUGUGCUGCUCACUUUGUGCUGGGCUCGACAUUGAAGCGGGCGGCUGCUGCUUACGAAACCGUGUCCUGGCACCCUCAGCUGCUGUCCAAAGUCCAAGAGCUGGCACCACUGAGCGCCUCAGAAGUGAGUCAGAAACUGCUAGAAUGCAAUCGCCUUGUGCGGAUGCAAUUCUGGCAGCUUGCAGGCAUUGUGAAAGAUGAACUUGUGUGUUUCGAAAGGGUCGAUGGUCAGAAGCAAAUUGACAAUUUGAUACUCGAUGCAUGGUUGCAUGUUCGAGGAUUCUUGAGCAUCAACGAUGUCCUGGACGAGACAGGAGAGAAGCGGAGGUUGCCACGCAAACGGAAACGGAGAUAGUGCCCCUACUGUUGGAAGCAGAUUCAGGUUCCUUGUGAUGUGUCAUGUUUUUGUUUUACCUGACUUUGAAGGUGUCCCGGCUACUGCACAAAGCUAAGUCGAGCAACGCUGUUGCCACCUAGGAACUAUUUGUGUUAAUAGGACUGUUCUGCCUCGCAUGUGUCUGUGAUCACAAGAAACUGCAACUGGUAGUCUUGUGCGGUGCUGUCUGUGGCUUUGGCUUUGGUUUGGGAUGAAUUGUUGAUUAACUCUUUCGUUACCACAAGAAAUGUGCUCAUUUUCAGUGCUUUAAUGUUUUAGCAUGCUAUUUCAAGGCGUAGUAGUCACAAUGUAUACUGUUACAGUGAAACCUCGUUAAACCGUAGUUGUCCGGAGCUCAGAAAAAGUAUGUACUAAACGAUCAUGCUGCUUAACCAAACUAGCAUGAGAUUGCCCACGCACUUGUCAAAAACGGAACUCGGAGAGAGUGCUAUGAAGGAGUAAAAAACAUGCAGUAUUCACUUCACACGGCAAAAGUGUUAUUUUCAUUUGAUGCCGCGGCGGCCUAGCAGCGAUGGCAGCGGCCUCAAAGUUACUGAAGCUGUGAGCCAGAUUUUCAGCCAGCCCCCUCUUCUCGGCACUCGCAUGGCAGAUUCCUCGUUGGCGUUGUGUAUGUUCUUCGUGCAUGUGGGCGGUAGCGCUGCAAAGGUCAUGGGCCGCCUUUUUCGUUGCAGGGUGCUGUUCUUGUCGCGAUGAUUGCAUUCAUGCGGCUCGCAUAAUGUGCAGCUUCUGCCACUGUCGGGCCUGAAUAACCCGUGCUGUCGCUUUUCGUGUCGUCCUCAUCACUGUUGCUACCCAUCGGCAACGAUGGUGAUAAGUCGAACCUCGUAGCCGAUAUCUCUUCGCAGUUGCAUCAGUGCUUCCGAGUGACUUCUUCGCAUUCCAAAUGCCACACACCGUAGUCGAGAGCAGAUCCUUGUUGCGUGCCAGUGCCGACUUAGGGUCACAUUCCAUAGCACGAAUGAUGUCUAAUUCUUCUUCUAUGCUGAGCACUCCGCAUCUUUUUUAUCCGACCUUCGGCAUGGCGCGAGUCCUUUGCACGGUGCCACGACGCUCUCUGGCAUGGCGCUGAAAUGAUGUUGAUGUUGAUGUGGCUUCAUGCACAAACGCACAGGGCGCUUGGAGGCCACUGUUAUGAUCUCCGAGGCUUGUUGUUCUGCCGGGCUGCCCUCUGGAGAUGACGCACUGCCGUGUUUGCAUGAUGAAAAGUGGAAACGCUACGCUUUAACCGAUCCGUAUGCGGUAAGCUGGUACGGUUUAUGCUGAUACAGAACACAUUAUGUUCAAUGGCUGCUGAGUCGGGGAUUUGAUUUUACUACUUUUAAAACAAAACUACUGUUUAAGCGAGUACGGUUUAAUGAGGUUUUACUGUAUACAUAAAAUUACAGCCAGAUCAUUGGUGUUUUGAAUUUGUGUAUAGUAAUAAUUGCUCAGAUAAUUUUUUAGAAUUCUCGUGAAAUCUCAAGGAAGCACCUCAUGGAACAUGAAAGAAAGUAAUAAUUUACUGUUUUUAUUGUAAGUACUGAUUGUAUGAAAUAUCUGGAGUCUAUAAACUAUACACCUGGUUCCUUGUUCCCAACUUAUGUAAGGCAGAUCAUGCAAAAUAAUUAGUGUGAAGAUUUGUAGGCAUCAAUACUAGCCACAGUGAUGCUGACACUAUGCAAGGAAGGAGGAGCUUUGCAAAUAAGAAAAUGGGUGAGUUCCUAUUGUACAGGGAGCAUUUGUUUUUCCUCAUUGCAGCAGGCAUCUAAUUUGUUUUUUACUGCAUUCGAAGCAAUUGUCGUCAGGUCAGGGAGCAUGCAGGAGCCUCUUCAUAUUUGAUUAUUGCAUUCAGUCAGCUUUUCUGUGCAAGCGAGGUGGUCUAGUGUGCUUUCAGCUGGUCUGGGAGCCUCCACAUGCUUUGUUCAAUUCAUGCGCAGUGCUGUACAGUAAUGUGGAGCGUUGCACAAUAUGGUACAGUAAUGAAUAAAGGCACAGGCGGUGUUCAGAAUGUUAGAGAUAGGACAGCUAGUGAAGCUUUGGUCAAAUGUCGGUCUGAAAUCGACUGCAUGCUCUUGUGCAAGGGAAAACCCACAUGACGAGAAUGAUUGCUGAUAGUAAUUUGUACAUACACUGAUGGAUGAAACCAACUCUCAGUAGGAAGAAUAAUGUUGCACUGGAUGUUAGUGCAAGAAUAUCAAAAUAACACGCCUUCAUCAGCAUCUACUGUCAGCACCUACUGUAACGGCCUAUAGGUUGGAUAGUAAAAUUGGCAAUCCGAGAGCAGUUUCUGUGUCUAUGUUGCCGAAUUGACCAAAGUGCAAAUUUUGUGUGUUUUAUUAUUGAAGAAGUGCUAGGAGCACUGGAGGUUAGUUUUGGUGAUACCUACAGUCGAAGCUUUAUUUUUCCAGACACUCUUAUCUGCCAAAAAUUGCGAAAUCUGACAAAUAGCAUAGUCGUCAUUUCAAAUGGUGCAUGAUGUUGCUAGCAAAAAAAAAAAAAUUACGUGACGAUUGCGAUACUCCCUAAUGCGAAACUUGAGUGCAGCUCAUAUGUGUUUUCAUUUUGCAAUAUAUUGGCUGGCAUACACAAUCCGUCUAGUGCGGCAUGUUGCAAACAGAGGAGUGUGGCGCAACUGGAGUGAGGCAGGCCGUGGGUGACGCGCGGGUGCGAUUCACAGGAGCCGCUGCAGACAGACCUCCCAGAUGAUGCGCGCUAAUGCGGCCCCAUCUUGUAGCCAUCGUUGCCGCACUAUGUUUUUCUUAUGCUUUGCCGUACCCUCCUCCUCUUCUUUCUGUCUCAUUGUUCUGCUGCACCGUCCUUCCCCACUUUCCUCCUUGAGUCUUUCAUCCCCCACUGGACUCCGCAUUCACUCUUUCAUCCUUCGCUGUGCUCUUUCGCUCAGUUACGUUGACACCAAUGCUCGCCGCAGGAAUGGGUGCCUAAGAGCUGCAUUCUAAAAAUUUCCCAUGGGAAUAUUUAACAAUUUAUAGAAAAAUGGUCGAUCAAAUUGAUCAUUUUCUAUAGCUGCGGUAACGAAGGAGUUAAAUAAAAUGGUGUUUGAUAGCUUCCUACUAACCGUAGCAGUGAUCUUAACAUUGACGUGAUUAGAGUGCAUCAUUAGCGUCGUUAGUAUAUUGCAGGCACAAAUUUAAUAGCUGUCUGUCGUGCCAAUUUUUCGAUUAAAAAAAGCAUGGAAAUUUUCUUUUUCAGCUUUCAAGGCUUUAUUUUGUUUUUAAGUGUAGAUAUUCAGAUAAAGACAUUGUGACAUCACUAACAUGGAAAGGUAUUUUUGUUGUUGGGACUCUGUACCUUAAGCUGUCCAUGUGCUCCACUCGGUGUGCCAUCCUUCAGAGUAGAAAAAAGGGUUUUGGUGUCGGGUUCUCUAGAAAACUGGCGAGGUCACAUGUUCAAUGAUAACGAUGCUGUUCUUUAUUUAGUGGAUUAAUCCGCAAAACACACUCCAUGCAACACCAAAAAGUCACACUCCCAUGCCGAGUUCCUGUGCAAUUAGUGUACAGAGCUGACUGCGACAGUGGCGCGAAACUAUUGGCUGGCCCAUUUGUUAACCGGUUCAUCUAAUACAGUCAAACCUCGAUAUAUGAAAUACGGAUAUAUCGAAUUAUUGCGUAUAUAGAACACUUUCCAUAUAACCUGAAAAUCGCAUGCAUUUAAAAUUUUUAUUUCGAACGGGGUCGGACGUAAAAUGGCUAUAUCGAAAUCCGCCACCCCAGACCACGUGCACUCUGUUGACAGGCGGGAAGCUUGCCCGCAAUGCCCUCGAAGAUAGCGAUGGGCCAAUGGGUGUUCCCAACCGCUGCGCACUAUAGCUGCACACAUCAAAAGCGCCGAGGGCGUCAUUUGAACGUAGCGGCAUAUGCACGCGGUAGCUUGGCUAGUUCGACAACAUCAACGACGCAUUGCAUUUGGCAUGCUGACUCCUCGGUGCUGCGCUCUGCGCCUGCUGUGCCUUGUGAGGAGUGGUUUGCAUCCACAAAGGUGUGCGACAGUGCGCGCUCACUAGGCUCACUCACAGACACCACUUCAUACUUUGUUAUUGACAGUGUUUCGGAAUUCUUCAAUUGAUAGACGUGUAGAUUGCAGCGUAAGUAGCGGCCGAACUUAAAGACGCUGCCGAGGUUGAUUCUGCAUUGAUGAUGUCCCGCUCCUGACUUGAACUAAGGCUGUAGCUGCUUUGGCCCUUCUUCGACGCUACAACGGCGCAAUAGAAGGCACUGGCCUAUUGCUUGUGGAUCGUUUAGACUAUGUUGAGGACGCCAUGGUUAAGUGCACAGCUGCCAACAAGAAACAGGCUACACUGCUGCAGUACUUUCAGCCAAAAAAAUAAAUGCUUUGUGUGAAGCCUCAAUUGAGUAUUUACUAUGCCGCAAUUGGGGCGCGAUCGGGGAUCGUUGUUUGGAGUGCGUGAUUAGCUUAGGCCGUGCCAACUUCGCCCGGUGAAGUCAGCAUGGCCUAGGCUAAUGGAGUGCGGCGAAACCAAACACGCGCUCCAAACAACGAUCCCCAAUUGCGCCUUUUGUUCACUGAUUGAUUUGUACAAGUUCUUGACGCGUUUUUUAGGUGAUUUUAUAUAUCGAAUUCUGCCUACAUUGAACUAUUUUGCAAUCACUGCGCUGUUCAGUAUAUCGAGGUUUGACUGUAUUUUAGUAUGGCAUCACAACUAAUGCAUGUCUGUGGUUAGGCAGAUGCAGAUCUUCGUGGCAAUGUUGUGGAAACUGUGUGACAUGGUUGCCGUUGGACACAGCUGCUGGCAUUUUUCAAGCUGUGUUUAUGCAGAGAGUGAGCAUGAUGGCUGCAAAUGAGUCUGGAUGAUAGGAGUGGGGCGGUGGCAUGAUGUUUGGAGUGGCUCGGCACAUGCACCUGAAUAGGAAAGGUGAUAUCAGCUGCAACACAGGCAGGCAUGCGAGGUGUUGUUGAAUGAGUGGUGUAGUAAGAGGUCCUUCAAAUGGGCAACUCAACAUUCAGCCUGCUCUUUCGAUGAGGCUUGUCACUGUCACAGGAACACCUCUGACCUCCUCCAACGUCCUUGAGUAUUUGUUGUGUCUGUUGGCCUUAGCCCGAGAGAAGCUGUUCUAAAACACAUGCGCAUUCAGUAUUGUUCAUAGUGCCAAAGCGAGAACUGCAGUGUCAUUUAAUGUGUUGCUGUGGUAUAUGUCAGCCAUGGAGGAAUAGUGACACUGUGAAUUGAUGUGCUAAUUUCGGUUGGAUGUGCAAAGGUCACAUCAUCACUUUCAUGGAUGAACGACUGCCACAUCUGUUUAGCAUUUUCUUUGCAAAAUGUAAAAUGUGUAUGCUGUUAAUCUGCUUAUUUCACGUGUUUGUGUUGUUUAUUCAUGGUAAGGAAUAGAAAUUGCAGUUAUUUAUAUUCAA